UUGUUCAAUGGUGUCGCAUGAGUAGACGUUAACGGACGUGUGUUACAGGUCGUCGUGCAGUUGAAAAAUAAUAAAAUAAUAAACAAUAGCAGAGUGUUUGUUAAUAAAAAUAUUGAAAUAAAGAGUUUGCGAAGCGGAAAUUUUUAAAUAAUUUAAUAAGAACAAAUAGCAAAAUAUAAAGAAAAUAAUUUUUAUUGCAUUGAUUCAGUUUUGCCAUGUUAACGAAUAUGGAGAAUAGUGGCAGUAGUGUUGGUGGCGGUGGUGCUUUAGUGAGCCUGAGUAAAGCGGCGCUUACAACGCCCUUCUCCAUCAAUGAUAUUUUAACGCGCAACAACAAUAGUUUAAAUGCAGCACAACAGCAACAGUUAAGACGGCGUCUCUCCGAUACGGAAAUGUCGUUCAAUGCGGAAUUAGCAGCCGCUGAGCUGCGUCAAAAUCAGGCGCGUGAAUUAAAAGAUGGCUUAAAAGCCUCAACAUCGUGUUGCCAUAUCGGUGCGGGUGAAUUUAGUGGAAAUAAAUUAAAUGGCGCUUUAGAAAACAGCGCCUCGUGUAAUUCAUCCAAUAACCCGAGUCCAAUUUGUGAAAUGCGCUCGGCGGUGUCAAAGUAUGCGGCGCCUAUGGGCGCGGAACGCAGAGCGGGCGGCAAUAGUGAGAACAAUGACUUUAUGCCCUACUAUAUGGCCACUUUGGAGAAUAACAAUCACAGCGAUUACCAGUUAGCGCGCAAAUUCGGUUAUAUCGGUGCGGGGAGUUUGGUCGGUGGACGCGGUGAUUGUCCCAUUGACAUGCGACGUUGCAGUAAUAAUGAAUCAGAUUCGGAGUCUUCACCGCCACCGUCGAUUUUGUCGCUUUAUGGUGGCGCCUCCGGGCAUUCCGCCAACAGCAGUUGCAUGGGCAACACUUCACCUACGCUGCACGACACAGACGCGCUUAGUGGUUCGUUGAGCCGCAAGAAGCGUUCACGUGCCGCUUUCAGUCACGCGCAAGUUUUCGAGCUGGAGCGUCGCUUCGCACAACAGCGUUACCUCAGCGGUCCGGAACGCGCCGAAAUGGCGAAAACGCUGCGUUUGACCGAAACACAAGUAAAGAUUUGGUUCCAAAAUCGUCGCUACAAGACGAAGCGCAAGCAAAUCCAACAGCAUGAGGCCGCAUUGAUGAGCGCCGCCACAAAGCGUGUGCCGGUGCAGGUGUUGGUGCGUGAGGAUGGCAGUGGUGCGGCGGCGGCAGCAGCGGCUGCUGCUUAUGCACACAUGUUGCCGACGCAUGGCAUUGAUCCGGCGUUGCUGCAUAUUUAUCGGCAUCAGUUGCAAAUGGCUUACGGUGUUGGCGUCUCAUUGCCUCAAGUAUCAUUCCCUUACUUUUAUCCACAAGCGUCUAAGAUACCACAACCCAUACCCCCACCCAGUCAAUCGUCGGUGAAUGGUCCGGUUGCUGGUAGUUUUGGCGCUCAUGCUGCGGCUAGCCACGCAAAUACAAACAACAACACCAGUUUUGACAUCACCAAAAACGCAUUGAAUUUCGGCAAAAUGGACCACGGCAUGCGUUACAUACAAUGCUCUUCGGCCUCCUCAUCCCCCACGCAUGGAAACACGCAUGGCAGCGGCGGCAGCAGCAGUCCAUCGCGAUCUUGCUCCAGCCCGACACCUAUGGAUGCCUCUGGCGCCAUGUUGACUUCAGCCAUGUCUGCGGAUACCGAAAGCUGCGCGGAGACACACUCGGCAACGACGGAGGAUUGUGAUGAGAAUGUGGAAAUUGAUUAAAGCGGCUUCUUAGUUAAUGCUUCUUAGUGAAACGUUAAAGUUUGUCUAUAAAUUAGUAAUUUGUGUGGCACAGUGUCGCGAAAGUAGCAAAUAAUAUUGUAUAAAUUUAACGAAAUUUGUGAUAGUGAAAGUUUUAAUUGGCUUAGUAGGCAUACAUAUGUACUUUUAGUAUUGUAAUUAAUUGUAGUUAGUUGUUU